CCACCGCCUCCGUCUUCACGCAACUAUAUAUAAUUACACUCUCAUCAUUUUCUAUACAUACAUACGACAUAUAUAGCCAAGGAGUGUUUUAAUUUCUUCCCGGAUCCACACACCUAAUUCACUUCUUGUCUCUCCGACAACUAACGACUAUGAGGAAGGCUUCCUGCGACCAUUCUCAUCAUCAUCAUCAUCAUGAGAUCAACAAGGGUGCUUGGUCCAAGCAGGAAGACCAGAAGCUCCUAGAUUACAUCCGAAAACACGGCGAGGGAGGCUGGCGCGACCUGCCCAAGGCUGCAGGUCUGCUUCGUUGCAGUAAAAGUUGUAGGCUUAGAUGGAUGAAUCAUUUAAAGCAAACUGCCAAACGAGGGAACUUUGGUGAUGAUGAGGAGGAUCUCAUCAUCAAGCUUCAUGCCUUGCUUGGCGACAGGUGGUCGUUGAUCGCCGGGAGAUUGCCGGGGCGCACCGAGGAAGAAGUGAAGAAUUACUGGAAUUCCCAUAUCAAAAAAAAGCUUUUGGAUAUGGGAAUUGAUCCCAAUAAUCACCGCCUUUCUUGCACUUAUUCCCGCCCUCAUAACAUCGCCGCCCAAACUUCGGCCGGGAAGAGCCGUGUUACUUCGCCGGAAAAGCAACGGGUCGAGAGCGACGGUGAAGUUUCAGAUGCCGGAAGUAGUAACGUCCGUUAGGCCGGCCGGCAAGUGUACGGCUGCCGGACUACCUAAAUUAACCGUAUUAACGUUGAACACUUGAACGUACAAUAUGUGUCGUAGCUUAUUAUUAUUAUUAUUAUUAUUAUUAUUAUUAUUAUUAUUAUGUGCUCUAGCUUAUGUCUAUUAUGUCUCAUAAACAG